AUGCAACUUCCAGCACCGAUCAAAAACUCUGCCACAGCCCUUAUCGGCGAACAAUGCUACGUGUCCCUGGUGGAGGAGCUCGACUUGUCCAAUGUCGAUUGCAUCAAGUAUACGAUAUCGAAGGGCCUUGGACUUGGCAUCGUCGUUGGUGGCUCCAUUGUAAAGAUUCCCCAGAUCUUGACCAUCUUGUCUAGUGGCUCUGCUCGUGGAUUAUCAUUGAUGUCUUAUAUCCUUGAAACGCUCAGUUGCAUUAUCACGUUUUCCUACAACGUCCGACAUGGCAACCCCUUUAGCACUUAUGGAGAAACAGCCUUCUUGACGGUACAAGAUAUCAUCAUCACGCUCAUGAUCCUUUAUUACGCUCGACAAUAUGGUGCCACUGCUGCAACUCUCAUUGGAUUCUCUGCUGUCAUCUAUGGACUCAUUUAUAUGGUGCCUUCCGUAUUAAUGUCGAGUUUAUACGCUGCUACGAUCCCUCUCAGUUUGGCAAGCAAAGUACCUCAAAUCUAUACCAACUUUGCCAACAAAUCAACUGGUCAGCUCUCUGUAUUCGCCGUCAUCAACUACUUUGCCGGUACAACAGCACGUGUCUUCACCACUAUGACUGAAUUGGAUGAUCCAUUGAUGCUCACGGGAAGCGUCUUGGCUAGCGUGCUCAAUGGUAUCUUGGCUAUCCAGGUGUUCUUGUAUUGGGGCAACAAGAUGGCGGACGUUAAGCAAAAGAAAUCAGAAUAG